AUCUGUAUUGAUGUUUGGAGUAGCGGGUCUACUCCUUUUCAUGUACCUGCAAGCCUGUAUUGAAGAACAACAGACAGCAAUCCCUCUAGCUAUACAAAUUGUGACACUGACAAGCUGUAAAGGGAGAGCCAUCCACAUAUCCUUGGCCCAGAAACCUGUGAUUGAUGGAGUUCGACUGAAAUUCCCACAAACGACGUGAAAGCCCUUCAGUGUGAGGAUAAUAUAGUGCAUAUGAAAUUGUCUGAAGAAAAAUUACAACAGCAGACAAUUACUCAGGACUUCAAAUUCGCUUCUACAGAGGAACGUGAAAGAAUCCUCAAGAAUUGGAUCACUGCUGGGAAUCUUCAAAAACCAAGUAAAGCCUUUUUUGAGAGUGGUCCUACUCAGGGAAAAGGUGGCCCCUUUCUAGGGAAUGAAGUUUCCUUAACUACUGGAUUAUCUGAAGAGCUGCAAAAGACCAAAUUGCUUCUUAAACAAUUCGACCAAGUGAAUUUAUCAUCAGCCAUACACCCUUUGAACAUGAAUUUCAUCAGAAAUGAUAGCUGGAAAACUACAGAUGAGAUGCAAAAGAAACGAAGAUCUGUCCUUCAUGAUUUCUGCAAAAAAAAUGUUUAUGAAAACAAACCCUGGACUCACCUUUUACAUAUGGUAUCCAGAAUAUAUGUGGAAGAUAAACACAAACUCUUGUACUGCGAAGUUCCUAAAGCAGGGUGUUCCAAUUGGAAAAGGGUCCUAAUGGUACUCGGUGGCCUUGCUGAAUCUACUGCUAACAUAACCCAUGAUGCUGUGCACUAUGGAAAGCGUCUGAAGAAACUAGACAGCUAUGAUUUAAAAGGGAUACACACUCGUUUAAAGACUUAUACCAAAGUUAUAUCUGUACGAGAUCCCAUGGAAAGAUUAGUAUCUGCCUUUAGAGAUAAGUUUGAACAUCCAAACAGCUACUACCACCCUGUGUUUGGGAAGUCCAUUAUUAAGAAAUACAGACUUAAUGCAGACAGAGAGGCAUUGACAACAGGCUCAGGAGUGAAGUUUAAAGAGUUCAUUCAGUAUUUACUAGAUCCUCUUCGGCCAGUAGGUAUGGAUACUCACUGGGAGCAGAUCAACAAACUGUGUUAUCCUUGCAUAAUCAACUAUGAUUUCAUUGGUAAAUUUGAAACUUUGGAGGAAGAUGCCAACCAUUUUUUACGACUAAUAGGUGCUCCAGAGGGGCUGACCUUUCCCAGUUUCAAAGACCGACAUUCCACUGACAAAAGAACAAAUUCAGAAGUUGUAAGACAGUACUUAGCAGAGAUUCCUGUCACAGAGAGGCAGAAGAUUUAUGAUUUCUAUUAUCUGGAUUAUUUAAUGUUUAACUAUACAGUACCAUAUGCAGAGUCCUAAUUUUGCUUAUCGCGUAAG